AUGGGUCCUGUGCUGUCCUCGCAGCCCGGGGGAACGCCAUGUCGUGCUGCUGCUGCCAUGACAUUGGAUGUUGCACGUGGCACUGGCACAGCCGUUGGGUCUCCUCGCAUUCCAAAUCCGAUCCCGUUUACGCCAUCUGCUCAUCCCCCAUCUCAUUGCGUUGUACCAUCUAUUCAGCGAUUCCUUCAAAAGGGAAGAGCUCAGACUAGCACUGCUGCUGCAAAAAAGGGAUGUGCAGUAGAUGUGGUGGAGCAGUGGGCCAGCACACAGCAACGCGCACCGCGUCGCAGCGCUGUGAGGCUGGCAGACAAGAGGAGAGCCGCCUUCCACUCGGCACUCACAGCAUCCCUCCACCGCAUCCACCAAGACUUCCUCGCUCACGUUCUCCCUCCUGCGCCGCAGUCACAGCCCGCUGCCGCGCACAUUCACCCGUCGCCUCAGUCCCGCCGUUCGGCCUUCCCCGUUGCCGCGGCUUCUGGCAUGGGCUGUGCCAGCAGAGGCCUGCGAGGAGAGGAGAGUCAACAUGGGGCGGCUGGUGCAGAGGAAAGGGGGAGCGAGGCGGAGAAGGGUGAGCAGGAGUGCAGUGCGGUGCCAGCAGAGGAGAGGAUGGAGGAAGAGGGGCGUUUUGAAGCAGGGGGAGUUGACUUGGAAGAGAGUGGCAUCGUGAGAGGAGGAAGGGGAAGAAGCAGGGGUGUACUGCAUACUGAUACUCAUGGGCAUGCUGGGCAAGGGAGAGGUGCGAAGGGAGGGAAGGGGAAACAGCAGAGGGAGGCACGGGUGGGGAGGCAGAACAAGCAGCGGAGGAAAGGAGGGGCAGCUGGGGAUGAGUCUGAUAAGACUGGGGAGGUGGAGGAAGGUGCAAUGGAGGGUGGGGAACGGGCAGAGGAGGGUGAAAAGAAGGCAGGCAGUGAUGGUGGUGCUGGUUCUCAGAACUCGUCAUCCGUCUCCCCCUUCCUCCUCACACCUGUUCUACUCCCUCUCCUGCAACUCCGUUGUCUCUCCGCAUCCCCCCCGCAUCUCCCACCCGCUGUUGCGCUGGGCAUCAGAGCACGGAGCCCAUGGGUGCACCGCAGCUGCUGGAGCAUCUCAACAAGGGACUCGGAUCACUGGGUCAGGUGGGUGAGGGCUGUGGGGGAGAGGGGGAAGGUGCUGCAAGGGAGGGGGGAAGGGUGCUGCAAGGGAGGGGGGAAGGGUGCUGCAAGGGAGGGAGGGUUGCUUGGGCGGGUGGAUACUUGGUUGGCAAGUGGGUGCAAAGAGUUGCCUGGUCGAUUCUCCAAUUUUUUACCACCACAUGCCUCGUUAUUCCUCUGUUAUGCACACUUCCCUGCUCCACACACCCCACCCCACACGCUCUCCUCCCUGUCUCCCAACCUCCUUGCCUCACCGUCGGCCGACCUCCCUGUCCCGGUCUCCCUACCUCCUUACCUCCCUGCCUCCCUGCCUCCCUGCCGGCCCACCUCCCUGUCUCCCUCCCUCCCUGCCUCCCCGUCGGCCUACCUCCCUACCUCCCCGUCGGCCUACCUCCCUACCUCCCUGCCUCCCUACCUGCCUGUCGGCCUGCCUAUCUACCGCUCUGCUUCCAAUCUGCCCCAUCAGGUGGUGCACUGCGAGGAGCUGCCACAGAGGAAACCGCGCUAUGGAAACCUGGCCAGCCAGUUAUGCCCUGCCACGUGGCACACCUUGGCUCGUGCGGGCGUCUCCCAGCUCUAUUCCCAUCAGGUAAGCACACAUGGCUCGUACCUUUCCAUGCCUCUUCAACCCCUUUCCCUUCAGUGA